GGAUACUUAACCUUGUCACGCUCGACUGUGUGGUGAAGAACAAAGCUUGCAACGAUGGGAGCCCUUGACAACAUCAUCGGGCGCGACCCGGUCACGCGGCAGAACAGAAUUGCAGCAGGUGCUGCCCUCGCGCUCGUUGGAGCGGGGUACUAUUGGUACAGCAGCAGGAAGGAGGGUGAAAACCCGGUUGAUAGGGCCAAGCGUGAGGCGGGGCACGUGAAGGACAAGGCCAAAGAGGAGGGGGAACGCGUGCGUCAGGCUGUAGACGACAAGGCGCAGAAAAUAACAGGGCGCAAGUGAACUCCCCAAUCUGUGAAUCAUGUCAGCUGCAGCCUGUCUGUGCCUGCUGCACAGACAAGCCGUGCAAGCUACAAGCUGUGGAGUAGGCUGCAGGCAGAGGUCAUGUUGGAUGGUCAGAGACCCUGUGAAGAUGAUGUAGAGUGCGGCAGGACAAUGCACAGCUAAAGCAUUAUGCAACAAGUUGGCCGUCUGACGGUUUGCGGGACACCAUAUUCCACUGCUGGUCAGGUCAGGGGAAGGGCGUGUUGCUCUUUUGAGACCAGAUUUGUGCUCUCCCAAAUCUUGCAGCACCUAAUGCUUGAAUUUUGACGAGCUUUUUUUCCUGUCUGCCUGACAUGCCUGCAUCUGUAAAUUUUGAUCAAGC